AUGGCGACUGUCGAGGUGAAUCAAAUGGCUUUUGAACAAACUUUUAUCGCACCAAACAAGCACAACCAACAAGUUCCGAAUCAUCUACUUGACACAAGUAUGAGUUUUGUAUCUUUAAAAUUAUAAUACAUAUUUAGACGUUAAUUUUGGGCAUUUUUUUACUUCAUGUUUGCAGAAAUUUUUAGCAAAGUUGCCGAAAAUGACGUUUUCCAAGCCAGUCCUUCAAGGAUUCAUUUUACUGGAUUUGAACUGAAGAAGACAUCAAAGCAAGUUCUG